ACCAGAAGAGGCCAUUGUUGAUGGUCCUUGAACCAUGGAAGAAUUCCUUUCAACCUCUACCUUUCCCUGGCUUUGACGCGAUCGCUCAGUGGCUGUAAUAUAAUAUGAAUAUGAAUGUUAAUAGAUAUAUACAUGUUUUUCGAUGUCUGUGAUCGGAUAUUGUGAGCGUUUCGACUGGUAGGCAGUGCUAUACUGGUGGUUCUUUUGUUUUGGAACUGAAACGUUAUCCUUGUUUUUAUACCCGGUCCGUGCUAGAAAUGUUCGAUGUUAUAACCAGAUCUAACCGAGAUUUUUUAUUGAAGUUUGAGGAAUAAUCUUUGAGACUGCAUGCAUUCGUUAGGAUUGAAUUCUACCUGAAACAUAACUCUUUGAAGUAUGUUUGAAGGUUUCAACUGCAUCAAAGCAAAUGAGAGUACGACUGCCUGAUCAUGCUGAUAAGCAAAGGAUAAAGAAAAAUAAAUUGUUAGAGUCUUCAUCGUAAUGGAAAACUGCUUUGUUCUGAGUUUUGUCUCCAUGCUUCUCGGGCUCAUAAUGCUACUUAGUCUAGCGCCCUCAUCGUCCGCCCUCCGUAUCGCUAAUCUCACCGUGGAUAACAUCACAACGACGAGUGUUUCAUUUAACUGGCUGAUCAUUGAACUCGACAGCGACAACCAAACGGACUUACUGCGAAAUUAUAUCAGACUUCAGUAUAGUCUCAACUUCAAUGUCGGUUCAGGUUGCAUGUUUGUCAACGAAACCUCGAAGACAUUUACCGGUAUCCAGCCAUACACGUCAUACUUCGCUUGUGUGGACGUCGUCCGCCUCGACGGGGACGAUGAUGACGACGAGUGCAACUCAGAUUCUGUGGUCGUAUCGCAGGAAAAGGAUCAAUGCGUUGCGUUCACGACGGAGUUCGCAACGUGGAGUCUGCCCAACAUCGCCGCCUUGGGCUGUGCGGGAGGGAUACUCCUCGUCGCCGGGAUCUCACUCGGAAUCCAGGUCGUAUUUCCGGUACAAACAUUGAAUGAAACGGUGGAUGCUAAGAAGAUGAGAGAAUGGUCGAAGAAAAAGAGGACUGAGAGCGUUCGCGACUUCUUGGAAGCUGUUGAUGGUGAUCAUGGUGAUCGUACACCUUGAGCAAGUCAAGCACUCUCCGAUUCUGCAGAGGUUACAGAGGUUACUGCAUCAUUUGCGAAAAACAUUCUUUUUGAGACACCCGGGAAGCGUUUUGUGAACGUGAAUCAUUUCAUGAGAGCUUGAUGUUUUACCCGACAUAGGCCUACUACGUUUUAUCUUGAAGAU